AUGUUCUCCCUUAUCACAGUCUUCCUUCUUCUCGCCGCGGCGAUCAUCGACAGCGCGCUCGCUCGGUCUUCUGGCUGCGGCAAGAGCCCUCCGUCCAGUGGCACAAAGACUAUGACAGUUAACGGCAAGAAUCGAGAAUAUAUCCUGCAGAUCCCUGCCAACUAUGACUCUAACAAGGCCUACAAGCUGAUCUUUGGCUUUCAUUGGCUGAACGGCAACAUGAAUAAUGUGGCACCUGGUUAUUACGGUCUGCGGAACCUUGCUGGCGAGAGUGCCAUCUUCGUCGCUCCAAAUGGACUCAACACUGGCUGGGGUAACAGUGGUGGCGAGGACAUUACGUUCGUCGACAAUAUAAUCAGUGCCGUCGAGAGCCAGCUCUGUGUUGAUGAGACACAGCGAUUCGCCACUGGGUUCAGCUACGGCGGUGCCAUGUCAUACUCACUUGCCUGCUCACAUCCUAACGUCUUCCGUGCCGUGGCCGUCAUUGCUGGUGCUCAGCUCAGCGGCUGCAAUGGCGGUACUCAGCCAAUUGCCUAUCUUGGUAUCCACGGCGUCGUCGACAGUGCCCUGAAUAUCAGCAAUGGUCGCCAGCUGCGUGACAAACUCCUGUCCAACAACGGCUGCGCCUCCAGGACUGCCCCCCGAGCCGUCCUCGGGGUCUGCCAUCAAUUUGACGACUUUAUCAUGAAAAGGAGGCCUCUAUUAUACAAGAUUGCACUCAAAUACGAGUGCCAGGUUGACUGUCAAGAAGAAACUCGAACGCUUCCAGUCGCCGAUUCCAUCUACGCCUCUGCAGGCGAACCUUAUCCCACUUCGUUGCACUUAGCUCUCAGCUCUUCUCAAAAACUUCAACAUCUUCGUCGUCAAAGCCUGGCAUGGUGCGGUGUGCGCUCCCCGGCAAUGAGGAAAUUAAUCCCCGUGACCCGAAACGAUACGAUUUACGAGCUAAACGGAGGUAUAUUUGGCCUCGGCGAUGUCUUGGGCACUGAGCCCGUGUGGGUUCCAGACCCCGUGCCAGGAUACCCUUCUCCACCUUCGUCCCCGUACACUCGACUCGACUUUGUCCGCCUUCCGUCCGCGUUGACAGGUAAUACUGAGCCCGAGUGGCGUGAAGAGACGACUCGAUAUCAGCUCAACUUUGUCUCUCUUUCCCUAUCUGGCCUCACAUUGGUUCCACAUCCACUCGCACAUCGUCCAAAGGUGUCAUACCCCAGCCACAAGGACUGCCCAGAUUACAUGCUCGUCUUUGGCAUGUAUUCCAGUCAUAUUGGGAUCCUUAUGAACUCGGGUCGAGUGAAUCCGAACAACUACGACCAGAUUGUGAUAUGGGAUUGGGUUAACGGAGGCGUAGCUGCGCACCAUGCUACGAACCAAAAAUUUGACUCUUUCCUCUUUAUACGAGAGGGUCUGCUCCUGGUGCCCGCCAAUCUCGAAGGAGGGUUGGAUAUUGUAUCCUACAGCCUAUCCCCAGCCGACGUCAAACGAGAAUCACUGAGCGAUCCUGUUCCUGGUUCUACGACGAAACUCAUGCGGUUUGCUCUACCGACUCUGCGGCCAGGACUCGCUUAUCUGUACACGCUCGUCAGAGGUCAGCCACACGGGAGUUCAAUCCGAUAUGUUGGAUCCAAAACAGAGCAGAAUCCACACUUUGGGUCAAAUAUAACCGCCAAUCGUCAUAUCGAAACGCCAUUUACGUCGGACAUCGAUGAAUCCAUCUUCGUGCUGUCAAUGCGCGUCAUUCGGAUUGCCGACCCGACCGCAGAAAUGCAACGCCCUGUCAAGGAUGCCGAUUCAGCACUAAUAAUCAAGCGGAAGACAAUCAACAAGUGGCUAGAUCGCAUGGAAACAAUGAAGGAGAUGCUCGCCGAGCGACUAGGCAUCACUGUCGAACAACUUUCCUACCUCCCUGCUCCGACCUUUAACGAAUAUAUAGAAGCCGAAACGGAGAAAGUAAAGCCGCUCGAAUGUUCUCCUGGACCGAUAUACACGUCGUCAAAUGGAAUAGAGUACCGCGAGCAAGGCGUGCAGACGCACGACGAGGAUGAAGGAGCGAGGAUAUUAAUGAAACUUCGGACAGUAGUCGGAUGGGAGGAAUGGAUGGGAGAGACAAGAUGGAUUCGAGGCAUGGGAAGCCCUCGGUGGGUGAGGGACAUCCACGGGACGAGGCUUGCAUGCAGGACGGUGGACCUACCCGAUGUGGAUGCUCCUAUACCGUUUCAUUCGUACCCCGAAGAAUCAGAAGAGAACGAGAUACCUGGCUUGGCCCUUGGUUUGGAGAUGUUUCCAGGGACCUCGAUGGCAGCAACAUCCGUGACACCUGCCGACUCAUUUGCGCAUCACUUGCAUCCGCCCAGUGACGAUUUCGGUGUUGAUACCAAUCUACCAAUGACGACCAUUGUCCCAAGCAGCAUGGUCACGCCACCACGUACAACAGGAGGGUUCCGUACCUGUGUGAUGGACUUUAACGUCCAUACUCAUCGAGAAGCACUAUUCAGUUCAGAUGAAGGAAACAAGGAAGACUCUUUCCUGGGCGAGCCCACGGCAAGCACAACGCUUUCUGGUGAUGAGGCCACUAGUUCAAGCACAGGCGGAAAUGGAUGGAGAAGACAAGUCAUCUCACACAAGACAGUCAUCCUUGCAGGGGAAACGUACGCCGAAGAUAUCUGCACGGGUGCGCCGUACGUCGAGCUAACGAGCAGAUGGACACAUGAGUGUGUCGCGCUCAUGCUGGACUCUGAGAGGAUUAUCGGGAUGAAGACGGAUGAGGAAGGGAAUCUCAAAUCACUCGAAGUGACAGUCAUAUAG